GUGAAAUGCCUGCAUCUCCAAAUCUUGAUUUUCCGGCCAACCACCACCACCACUCACCGGAAAACUAACAACCCACAACCACCAUGGGCAACUGCACCAGUACUAAACACCACAAACCACCUCAUACUUCACACAACAAGAAAAACAUCAACAAAAAACUAAAAAAACCUAACCCAUAUGCCAGAACUUCCAUACCAUUCUGGGUGUUGAACGACCCACAACUCACCACUCACCGAACCCGAAUCUCCGACAAGUACAUAUUGGGUCGGGAGCUCGGUCGAGGCGAGUUUGGUGUAACAUAUUUAUGUACGGACAGAGAAACUAAACAAGCAUUUGCAUGUAAAUCAAUUUCCAAGAAUAAACUUCGAACUGCGGUUGAUAUAGAGGAUGUUCGACGUGAGGUGGCGAUUAUGUCGACCUUGCCGGAUCACCCGAACUUGGUGAAGCUUCGUGAUACGUUUGAGGAUAGUGAAGCUGUGCAUAUAGUGAUGGAGCUUUGUGAGGGUGGGGAGCUUUUUGAUAGGAUUGUUGCUAGAGGGCAUUAUAGUGAGCGAGCGGCGGCUGGUAUUGCGAAGACGGUGGCCGAAGUGGUGAAGAUGUGUCAUGAGAAUGGGGUGAUUCAUAGAGACUUGAAGCCGGAGAAUUUUUUGUUUUCUAAUAAGAAAGAAAAUUCGGCUUUGAAAGCUAUUGAUUUCGGACUUUCUAUUUUCUUUAAGCCAGGAGAGAAAUUUUCAGAAAUAGUGGGUAGUCCUUACUACAUGGCACCCGAGGUUUUGAAGAGAGACUACGGGCCAGAGGUUGAUAUAUGGAGUGCCGGAGUUAUUCUUUACAUAUUAUUAUGCGGGGUUCCUCCAUUUUGGGCAGAAACUGAACAAGGUGUCGCUUUAGCAAUUCUUCGAGGCAAUAUUGAUUUCAAGAGGAAACCAUGGCCUCAAAUUUCUGAAAAUGCAAAAAGUCUAGUUAAACAAAUGCUAGAACCCGAUCCCAAGAAGCGAUUAACCGCCCAACAGGUUCUUGAACACCCAUGGAUUGUUAAUGAGAAGAAAGCUUCAAAUGUUUCAUUGGGAGAUAUAGUGAAGACAAGGCUCAAGCAAUUCUCAAUGAUGAAUAGGUUCAAAAAGAAAGCAUUGAGAGUGAUUGCAGAAUACUUGUCUAUUGAAGAAGUAGAAAUAAUCAAAGAUAUGUUUACAUUGAUGGACUCUGAUGGUGAUGGGAAAGUUACGUUUGAUGAACUCAAGGCGGGACUAAAGAAAAUCGGCUCACAACUGUCUGAACCCGAGAUCCGACUCCUCAUGGAUGUGGCUGAUGUCGAUGGAAAUGGCGUGCUUGAGUAUGGAGAGUUUGUAGCAGUGACAAUUCACUUGCAAAAGAUGGAAAACGAGGAGCAUCUACGCAAAGCGUUUAUGUUUUUUGAUAAAGACGGGAGCGGUUACAUUGAGCUUAAUGAGCUAGAAGAAGUAUUGUAUGAGCCUGGACAUGCAGACAUGCAAGUACUCAAUGAAAUUAUGAAAGAAGUUGAUACAGACAAGGAUGGUCAAAUUAGUUUCAAGGAAUUUGUAGCGAUGAUGAAAGCGGGAACAGAUUGGAGGAAGGCGUCACGACAAUAUUCGAGAGAGAGAUUCAAGAGCAUGAGUGUAAACUUGAUGAAGGAUGGAUCGUUGCGGCUCGAGGAUGGGUUCACCGGUCUAAGUGUUGUAGUUUGAAGUAAACAGUAUUCUUUUAUUUUGUGUGUCAUCAGAUUGGAAGGGAUUUUGCAUGUUGUGACUUGUGGUUUAGGUUCAACUUCUAAGUUGUAUAUAGUUUUACUUUCUGACAAUUUUAAUUUCUAUAUUUAUAGUUUUUUUGACUUUUC